UUCGUUUUUAUUUUAUUUUUUAUGUUAUUGAUACUUUAAUCUUUAAUUGAGUGUUAUUUAUCGGUUUCGUGCUUACUGUGAUUUCUGAAAAGUCUAAACUAAACAUUAUUUAUGUUAUUGUGUCAAUGUGAUUCAGGGCUCUCAAGUUUUAUUUAAAGUUUGUAGAGAUUUCAUCUGUUAGGAGGGUUGUUCGCAGCAGCUGCUGCCACUUGGCCCCAGUUCAAUUUUACCCAUUGUUCAUAAUUGACCAGCACAAAUAGAAAUUAUAAUAUUUUGUAAGUCUGAUAAAAGAGAAAUUUAAAUUGUUUUUACUUUAAAAUUAAUAUAUCCAAAUGAAAAUAAAAUCUGACCCCAACCACAUGAACAGCGAUGCUAUACGGAUUGCAGAACUUGCCGUGUGUAUUUUAAAAUGUGUGUGUAUGCGUGGGAGAGAGAGCGACAACAGUACACAUUUGAGGGCAAUAAUAAUGCAAUACACCAACUUUCAUUAAUUGUUAGGAAGUCUAAUUUCGUUAGUUUCUGGUGGCAGCCAUAAAAUCGGCAGAGCAUGCAGGAAUAGUUUUUUUUUCUGUGUAGUUAUGUUGACGUAGCUUCUUUAACACUCAGGAUUUAUGUAUCUGAAUUAAAUGAUUGUUUAUUUGAUUUUAAGUUUGUUUUGUGCCUGAAUGAAUGGCAUUUUCAUUCAGUGUUAGUUGUGUAGAUCAGAUUAAUCGGAUUCACUGCAGCUUCAUGGACCAAACACAAUCAACCGAUGGAGAUUUUUCUUCAGGAUGCAGUUUAGUUUAUCAAAAGAGAUCAGAUCCAGAGCCCAGCUGUGUGUCUAUGAAGAGUGAAGCGUCUAUGGUUCAGCCAUUGAACAUCAACUCUGGAGAUAAUCAGCCUGAUCUCAAUUCAGUUAUCAGAAGAGAUGAUCCAGAGCCCAGCUGUGUGUCUAUGAAGAGUGACGCAUCUAUGGUUCAGCCAUUGUAUUUAAACUCUGGAGAUAAACAGCCUGAUCUCAAAUCAAUCCAUUUAUCUGGAGCAAUCAUAACAGAACCUGACAAGCCUGAGAGUCUGCCACAGGACUUCAGUGAUAAAAUAGACCCUGGAUUCAGCCAUGAGUCUGAAGUCCUCAACACAUUUAGAUCAAAUAUACGUAAAAGAUGUCAGUGUUUAUUUGAGGGAACACCAAAGCAGAGUAACCCAACAUCACUGAAUGAGAUCUACACAGAGCUCAAUAUCACACAGAGUGAAAGUGGAGAGAUCAGUAAUGAACAUGAGGUGAGACAGAUUGAGACACAAUCCAGAAGAACAACAACAGAGGAGACACCAAUCAAAUGUAAUGAAAUCUUUAAUCCUUUACCUGAACAACACAAACACAUCAGAAGUGUGCUGACAAAGGGAGUCGCUGGCAUUGGAAAAACAGUCUCUGUACAGAAGUUCAUUCUGGACUGGGCUGAAGAGAAAGAGAAUCAGGACGUCCACCUCAUAUUUCCACUUCCUUUCAGAGAGAUCAAUUUGAUGAAGGACAAAACACUCAGUCUUUUAGAUCUUCUUCAUCGUUUCUUCCCAGAGACAAAAGAAAUGGAAAUCUUCAGUGAUGAAUAUAAAGUGUUGUUCAUCUUUGAUGGUUUGGAUGAGUGUCGUCUGUCUCUGGAUUUUCACAGCAGUGUGAGGUUGUGUGAUGUAAAUGAAUCAACCUCAGUGGACGUGAUGCUGACAAACCUCAUCAAGGGGAAUCUGUUUCCCUCUGCUCUCAUCUGGAUCACCUCCAGACCAGCAGCAGCUGAUCUCAUCCCCUCUGAGUGUGUUGAUCGAGUCACAGAGAUACGAGGCUUCAGUGAUCCACAGAAGGAGGAAUACUUCAGGAAGAGAAUCAGACAUAAGAGUUUGGCCUAUGAAAUCAUCUCACACCUGAAGGCAUCCAGGAGUCUCUACAUCAUGUGUCACAUCCCAGUCUUCUGCUGGAUUUCAGUCACUGUUCUAGAGAGAAUAUUGAGUGAAGCAGAGAGAAGAGAGAUCCCCAAGACUCUCACUCAAAUGUACACACACUUCUUGAUCAUUCAGACAAACAUCAAACAUCAGAAGACUAUAAAGAACUAUAAGAAGAUUAAAGACAUGAUCUUUAAACUGGGUAAACUGGCUUUUGAGCAGCUUGUGAAAGGCAAUGUGAUCUUCUGUGAUGAAGACCUGAGAGAGUGUGGCAUUGAUGUAGCAAAAGCAUCAGUGUACUCAGGAUUGUGUACUCAGAUCUUUAGAGAGGAGUUUGGUUUGUGUGAGAGGAAAGUUUACAGCUUUGUACAUCUGAGCAUUCAGGAACAUCUAGCAGCUCUAUAUGUGCACCUCGCCUUUAUAAACAAAAACAUAAAUGUACUUGACCAAAUUAGAAAUUCCACUUGGAUGAGGAGAGACCAGUUAACAUUAACUUACCUGCAUCAGAGAGCUGUCGAUGCAGCUUUAGAGAGUAAAAAUGGGCAUCUGGAUCUUUUUCUUCGAUUCCUUUUGGGUCUCUCAGUGGAGUCCAAUCAGAAUCUCUUACAUCAUCUACAAACAGGACACAUCUCUUACAAAAAAGAGGAAACGGUUGUAUAUAUCCAGAUGAGGAUCUGGUCUGAUCCUUCUCCAGAGAAAUCCAUUAAUCUCUUUCACUGUCUGAAUGAACUGGGUGAUCAUUCACUCAUAGAGGAAAUUCAACAAUAUCUUAAAUCAGGCAGAGUAAGAAAAGUAAUCCUCUCCCCUUCACAAUGGUCAGCAUUAGUUUUUGUGUUGCUGACCUCAAAUCAGAACAUGAAUGUGUAUAAACUGAAGGAAUUUAUGACACUACUGCCUACAGCUCAGCCAUUCCUUCAUAAGAAUCUGUCUGCAGGAAUCAGAUCAGAUCAUUCAGUUUAUCAGAAGAGAUCAGAUCCAGAGCCCAGCUGUGUGUCUAUGAAGAGUGACGCGUCUAUGGUUCAGCCAUUGUACUUCAACUCGGGAGAAAGUCAGCCUGAUCUCAAAUCAAUACAUUUAUCUGGACCAAUCAUAACAGAACCUGACAAGCUUGAGAGUCUGCCACAGGAAUUUAUGACACUACUGCCAUUCCUUUAUAAGAAUCUGUCUGCAGGAAUCAGAUCAGAUCAUUCAGUUUAUCAGAAGAGAUCAGAUCCAGAGCCCAGCUGUGUGUCUAUGCAGAGUGACGCGUCUAUGGUUCAGCUAUUGUACUUCAACUCGGGAGAUAAUCAGCCUGAUCUCAAAUCAAUCCAUUUAUCUGGAGCAAUCAUAACAGAACCUGACAAGCCUGAGAGUCUGCCACAGGACUUCAGUGAUAAAAUAGACCCUGGAUUCAGCCAUGAGUCUGAAGUCCUCAACACAUUUAGAUCAAAUCUAAGUAAACGAUGUCAGUGUUUGUAUGAGGGAACAUCAAAGCAGAGAAACCCAACAUCACUGAAUGAGAUCUACACAGAGCUCUACAUCAUAGAGAGAGAAAGUGGAGAGAUCAGUAAUGAACAUGAGGUGAGACAGAUUGAGACACAAUCCAGAAGAACAACAACAGAGAAGACACCAAUCAAAUGUAAUGACAUCUUUAAACCUUUACCUGAAAAACACAAACACAUCAGAAGUGUGCUGACAAAGGGAGUCGCUGGCAUUGGAAAAACAGUCUCUGUACAGAAGUUCAUUCUGGACUGGACUGAAGAGAAAGAGAAUCAGGACGUCCACCUCAUAUUUCCACUUCCUUUCAGAGAGAUCAAUUUGAUGAAGGACAAAACACUCAGUCUUUUAGAUCUUCUUCAUCUUUUCUUCCCAGAGACAAAAGAAAUGCAAAUCUUCAGUGAUGAAUAUAAAGUGUUGUUCAUCUUUGAUGGUUUGGAUGAGUGUCGUCUGUCUCUGGAUUUUCACAGCAGUGUGAGGUUGUGUGAUGUACGUAAAUCAACCUCAGUGGACGUGAUGCUGACAAACCUCAUCAAGGGGAAUCUGUUUCCCUCUGCUCUCAUCUGGAUCACCUCCAGACCAGCAGCAGCUGAUCUCAUCCCCUCUGAGUGUGUUGAUCGAGUCACAGAGAUACGAGGCUUCAGUGAUCCACAGAAGGAGGAAUACUUCUGGAAGAGAAUCAGACAUAAGAGUUUGGCCUAUAAAAUCAUCUCACACCUGAAGUCAUCCAGGAGUCUCUACAUCAUGUGUCACAUCCCAGUCUUCUGCUGGAUUUCAGUCACUGUUCUAGAGAGAAUAUUGAGGGAAGCAAAGAGUCAAGAGAUCCCCAAGACUCUCACUCAAAUGUACACACACUUCUUGAUCAUUCAGACAAACAUGAAACAUCAGAAGACUAUAAAGAACUAUAAGAAGAUUAAAGACAUGAUCUUUAAACUGGGUAAACUGGCUUUUGAGCAGCUUAUGAAAGGCAAUGUGAUCUUCUAUGAUGAAGACCUGAGAGAGUGUGGCAUUGAUGUAGCAAAAGCAUCAGUUUACUCAGGAUUGUGUACUCAGAUCUUUAGAGAGGAGUUUGGUUUGUGUCAGGGGAAAGUUUACAGCUUUGUUCAUCUUACCAUUCAAGAACAUCUUGCAGCUCUGUAUGUGCACCUCUUCUUUAUAAACGACAGCAUUAAUGUGUUUGAUGAAAUUAGCAAACCCAAUUGGAUGAGGAGAGACCAGUUAACAUUAACUUACCUGCAUCAGAGAGCUGUCGAUGCAGCUUUAGAGAGUAAAAAUGGACAUCUGGAUCUUUUUCUUCGUUUCCUUUUGGGUCUCUCAGUGGAGUACAAUCAGAAUCUCUUACAUCAUCUACAAACAGGAAGCUUCUCUUACAAAAAAGAAGAAACGGUUGUAUAUAUCCAGAUGAGGAUCUGGUCUGAUUCUUCUCUAGAGAAAUCAAUCAAUCUCUUUCACUGUCUGUUUGAACUGGGAGAUCUUUCACACAUAGAGGAAAUUCAACAAUAUCUUAAAUCUGGUGAAAUAAGAAAAGUGAACCUCUCCUCAUCACAAUGGUCAGCAUUAGUUUUUGUGUUGCUGACCUCAGAACAGAACAUGAAUGAGUUUAAUCUGAAGGAAUUUAUUACACUAAAGCCUACAGCAGAUGAAGUUCUGCAGAAGCUUCUGCCUGUGGUUAAAGAAUGCAGAUCUGUUGAGUUGAGUGAUUGUUAUAUCACAGAUAAGGGUUGUGUUGCUCUAUCUUUAGCUCUGAAAUCAAACCCAUCACACCUGACACAACUGAAUCUGUCUGAUAAUAAUAUUGGAGAUUCAGGAGUGAAGCUGAUCUCUGAUGUACUGGAGAAUCCUCACUGUUACCUGGAGAAACUGAAGUUGGAGCGGUGUAAUAUCACAGAUGAAGGUUGUGUUGCUCUGACUUCAGCUCUGAGAUCAAACCCAUCACACUUGAGACUUCUAAAUCUGACUAACAAUAAUAAUCUUGGAGAUUCAGGAGUGAAGCUGAUCUCUGAUGUACUGAAGAAUCCUGACUGUAAACUGGAGAAACUGGAGUUGAGUGAUUGUAAUAUCACAGCUGAAGGUUGUGCAGCUCUGUCUUCAGCUCUGAGAUCAAACCCAUCACACUUGAGGGAACUGGAUCUGACUGAGAAUCAACUGAGAGAUUCAGGAGUGAAACUGCUGUCUGCUGUGCUGAAGAAUCCUGACUGUAAACUGGAGAAACUGGAGUUGAGAUUGUGUAAUAUCACAGAUAAAGGUUGUGUUGCUCUGUCUUCAGCUCUGAGAUCAAACCCAUCACACCUUAGACAUCUGAAUCUUUCUUAUAAUAAUCUUGGAGAUUUAGGAAUAAAGUUCAUCUCUUAUGUACUGGAGAAUCCUCACUGUAAACUCAAGAUACUGAGGUUGAGUGAUUGUAAUAUCACAGAGGAAGGUUGUGUUGCUCUGACAUCAAACCCAUCACACCUGAGAGGAUUGUAUCGGACUUCAGCUCUGAGAUCAAAACUAUUUCCACUAGGAGAACUGGAUCUAUCUUAUAAUAAUCUUGGAGAUUCAGGAGUGAAGCUGAUCUCUGAUGCACUGAAAAUGUUUUACUGUAAACUGGAAAUACUAAAGUUGAGUUCUUGUAAUAUCACAGAUGAAGGUUGUGUUGCUCUGUCUUCUGCUCUGAGAUCAAACCCGUCACACCUGAGAGAACUGAAUCUGUCUUAUAAUAAAAUUGGGGAUUUAGGAAUAAAGCUGCUGAACGAUAAUCAACAUUAUGAACUGAAGACAGUAGAGUUGAGUUCUUGUAAUAUCACAGAUGAAGGUUGUGUUGCUCUGUCUUCUGCUCUGAGAUCAAACCCGUCACACCUGAGACAUCUGAAUCUGUCUUAUAAUAAAAUUGGGGAUUCAGGAAUAAACCUGCUGAACGAUAAUCAACAUUAUGAACUGAAGACAGUAGAUUGUGGAGAUCGGAUUGUUCAGAUUCACUUCAGCCGCUCCAUCAUGGACCAAACACAAACAUCCACAGAUGGAGAUUUUUCCUCAGGAUGCAGGUCGAGUUCUUGUAAUAUCACAGAUGAAGGUUGUGAUGCUCUGACUUCAGCUCUGACAUCAAACCCAUCACACCUGAUUGAAAUUAUUCUGACUGAGAACAAAAUAGGAGAUUCAGGAGUGAAGCUGAUCUCUGAUGUACUGAAGAAUCCUGACUGUAAACUAAAGAUACUGAAGUUGAGUUAUUGUAAUAUCACAGAUGAAGGUUGUGAUGCUCUGACUUCAGCUCUGACAUCAAACCCAUCAUACCUGACUAAACUGAUUCUGACUGGGAACAAAAUUGGAGAUUCAGGAGUGAAGCUGAUCUCUGAUGUACUGAAGAAUCCCGACUGUAAACUGAAGAUACUGGAGUUGUGUGAAUGUAAUAUCACAGAUGAAGGUUGUGAUGCUCUGACUUCAGCUCUGACAUCAAACCCAUCACACCUGAGAGAUCUGAGUCUGUCUCAUAAUAAUCUUGGAGAUUCAGGAGUGAAGCUGAUCUCUGAUGUACUGAAGAAUUCUCAGUGUAAACUGGAGAUAUUGGACAUGAGAACGUGUGAUAUCACAGCUGAAGGUUGUGUUGCUCUGUCUUCAGCUCUGAGAUCAAACCCAUCACACCUGAGAGAUCUGGAUCUGACUUUUAAUGAAUUUGGAGAUUCAGGAGUGAAGCUGAUCUCUGAUGUACUGAAGAAUCCUGACUGUAAACUGGAGAAACUAAAGUUGUUGGGUUGUAAAAUCACAGCUGAAGGUUGUGUUGCCCUGUCUUCAGGUCUGAGAUCAAACCCAUCACAUCUGAGAGAGCUGGAUCUGUCAUAUAAUGAUGUAAGAGAUUUAGGAGUGAAGCUGAUCUGUGAUGUACUGAAGAAUCCUGACUGUAAACUGGAGAUACUCGACUUGUCUGAAUGUAAUGUCACAACUGGAGGUUGUGCAGCUCUAUCUUCAGCUCUGACAUCAAACCCAUCACAUCUGAGAGAUCUGAAACUGAGCUGGAAUAAUCUUAGGGAUACAGAUGCGAAGCUAAUCUCUGAUGCACUGAAGAAUCCUGACUGUAAACUGGAGAUACUGGACAUGAGAAUGUGUGAUAUCACAGCUGAAGGUUGUGUUGCUCUGUCUUCAGCUCUGAGAUCAAACCCAUCACAUCUGAGAAAUCUGGACCUGUCUCAGAAUGAAUUUGGAGAUUCAGGAGUGAAGUUGAUCUCUGAUGUACUGAAGAAUCCUGACUGUAAACUGGAGAAACUAAAGUUGUGGAAGUGUAAUAUCACAGCUGAGGGUUGUGCUGCUCUGUCUUCAGCUGUGAGAUCAAACCCAUCACAUCUGCGAGAAUUGAAUCUGUCAUUUAAUAGUGUGGUAAAUUCAGGAGUGAAGCUGAUCUCUGAUUUACUGAAGAAUCCUGACUCUAAACUGGAGAUACUGGAGUUGUGUGAAUGUAAUGUCACAACUGAAGGUUGUGCAGCUCUGUCUUCAGCUCUGACAUCAAACCCAUCACAUCUGAGAGAUCUGAAACUGAACUUUAAUUUUCUUCGGGAUUCAGGAGUAAAGCCGAUCUCUGAUGUACUGGAGAAUCCUGACUGUAAACUGGAGAUACUGGAAUUGAGGGAUUGUAUUAUCACAGAUGAAGGUUGUGCAGCUCUGUCUUCAGCUCUCAGAUCAAACCCAUCACACCUGAGACAUCUGAAUCUGUCACUGAAUUUUAUUGGAGAUUUAGGAGUGAAGCUGAUCUCUGCCAUACUGGAGAAUCCUCAAUGUAAACUGCAGAAACUGUGGUUGAGUUGGUGUAAAAUAACAGAUGAAGGUUGUCUUUCUCUGACUUCAGUUCUGAAAACAAACCCUUUACAUUUGAAAGAUCUGCAUCUGUGUAGUAAUAAUAUUGGAGAUUCAGGGGUGAAGCAGAUCUCUGAUGUACUGAAGAAUCCUGACUGUAAACUGGAGAUAUUAUGGAUGUACUGCACAUCAGUAUAUCUUGGAGAGUUUGACACCAAGUUGAGGGGGUGUAAUAUCACAGAUGAAGGUUGUGUUGCUCUGACUUCAGCUCUGAGAUCAAACCCAUCACACCUGAGAGAACUGAAUCUGAAAGGGAAUUAUCUGGGAGAUUCAGGAGUAAAGCUGCUCUCUGAGCUGAAGGAUGAUCCAGAAUAUAAACUAAAGACACUACAGUGAGUAAUUUUUUCUUUCCUUUUCAUCUACAGUAGUUAAGUCUCUUUAUAUUUUUCUACCUUAAACUGUGUUUUAUUUGGCUCUAUGAUAUAUAUUAAAAUGACAGACAUUUUUAACCGUUUUACACUUUUCUUGAAGGUUAUUGUAUUGUC